AUUUCUUAUGCAAUUUGGCAAUUUUUACGCUUCAUUCUAACUUACUAUUUCUAGCUCUAUCUAACUCUUACUGACUGGAAAUGUUUGGGCUUGUUAGCAGACCUACAAGGAGGAUCGGGCAGACGCUCUCCUACCUACAAAGGCAUAACAGCACUUUGAUCGUAGCAGAACACAACAAUGAGAAUCUUGUACCCAUCACCCUCAACGCCAUCUCGGCUGCUAAGAAGGUCGGGGGAGAGAUCUCCUGUCUUGUUGCUGGUACCCAGUGUGCAAAGGUAGUGGAAGAAUUAUCCAAAGUUUCUGGGGUAACCCGCAUCUUGGUGGCAGAGAGCGAGGAGUACAAGGGUUUCCUCCCCGAGUCUCUCACCCCACUCCUUAUGGCCACCCAAACACAAUUCAACUUCAGUCAUAUCGCAGCGGGUGCAUCCAGCUUUGGGAAGAGCUUGCUGCCGCGCCUGGCUGCUAAGCUCGACGUUGCUCCCAUCUCGGAUAUCAUUGACAUCAAGGCCCCUGACACAUUUGUGAGGACAAUAUAUGCAGGAAACGCUAUAGCCACAGUGAAGUCCCUUGAUGCCCUGAAGAUCUUCAGUGUAAGGGGUACAGCAUUUGAACCAGCAGAAGCUACAGGAGGAGCAGGAGCAUCAGAACCAGCACCUGCCUGUGAUGCCAAGAAUGACCAGUCAUCCUGGCUGAGCCAGUCGUUGUCCAAGAGUGACCGACCAGAACUGACCAGUGCUGAUACAGUCAUCUCUGGAGGGAGAGGUAUGAAGAAUGGCGAGAACUUUGAGCUCCUGUACACUUUAGCUACCAAGAUGAAUGCAGCCGUGGGCGCCUCCCGAGCAGCCGUUGACGCUGGUUUCGUUCCCAAUGACAUGCAGGUCGGACAGACCGGCAAGAUCGUUGCCCCGCAAUUGUACAUAGCCGUUGGUAUCUCAGGUGCAAUCCAGCAUUUAGCUGGUAUGAAGGAUAGUAAAACCAUUGUCGCUAUCAACAAGGAUCCCGACGCACCCAUCUUCCAGGUCGCUGACCUCGGACUUGUUGCUGAUCUUUUCAAGGCUGUUCCAGAAAUGACCGAGAUGCUGGAUAAGUAGUGAAGAACUUUACCAAGAAGAGCCAGUGCCAUUGGCAAAAAUUUCCAAAAUUCCCUGUGCACUACUGGGGGUGUAUCCCACUAAGUGCCCAUAGUGUAUUAAUAACUUGAAUAUGAUCUAAACGGUGUUGCACCAAUAUCUAAUGCUGUGGAAAAUUAUUCUUGCUUCGGGGCAAUGUUGAUCAUCUACAUCAUUUUACUUCAAGCAGUGUUAGAGUGAAUAUAGUUUAACAUCUAAGUUUGGUAAUUUUUUAAGUUUGUGAAAAAUUGAUUCGUCCCAAAUUAUAUUUGUUUGACAUGUGACAAUUUAAAGCUUACAUCUAAAAGUAUUCAAUAAAGGCCCUCAUAAUCAACCAGUAGAUCUUUCAUUCUUUAGUUACAAAGACACAAACAACAUCAUUACAAGGGGUAUGAAACUAUGAAUAACUUAGUAACUGUACCUCUUGGUCUGUCUGUGUGUAUUUGUACAUAAUAUAUCUGUAAAGCAUUUUAUUAGAGAUAUCGUCAGAUGCGCUAUAUAAAAGCGGAGUAUUAUUAUAAUUACAUGGAGAUUUACGACGGCUAAAGUUUUGUUACUCAUGCCAAAGAGUGAUAAGCAAACCUAGUCAGAUGUAUUAUUUUAUAUAACAAGCACAUUGGUGUGAAUGAAGUUGUUUUGCAAAGCACAAGUGGGACCCUUAUUGACUCGGUAUAUGUCUUCUGCCAGCAGAUAAUGUAAUGUCAGCAAUUGCCCCAUCUGCUGAGAGACAGAAGCUUAUGAACUCUGUAUAGUGGUAUUUGAGUGAACACCCUUAUGGCUCUCAACAGACAAAUAUACAUUUAUGUAUUGAUCAAAUUCUUCCCGGUCCAACUAUUGAACAUUGUAGUUUAAAUGAGAUCUGUGGUCUGUAAAACGUCCUGUUUGAAGAAAAAGAAGUAGAACAAUUUAAAUGGUGGACCAUUAUGCAUGUAUAAAUAAAUUAUCUGUGAUGGUAUUUUGCACAUAUGAAUGUUACAUUUGAGGUGAGAUGAAGGACGAUGUAUAGCAAUAUGUUGACAAAGAGAUGAAUAAAAUGUGAAAUUUUACCUCAA